UUGUGCACUCCCUGCGUUACCUGCGCGUGGCGGUGUCGGAGCCAGGCCCAGGGCUGCCCCGGUACGUGGCCGUGGCGUCCGUGGACGGGACCCCCUUUGUGCGCUACGACAGCGAGCGGGGCCGGCUGGAGCCGCAGACUGUGUGGAUGGCGGCCGGAGCCAAACCGGGAUAUUGGGACACCGAGUCCCGGAUCAACGGGAGGUACCGGCAAAAGGACCCCGCCCACCUGGACAUGCUGCAGCUCCGGCACAACCAGAGCGGGGGUCUCCACACGCUGCAGCGGGAUUGCGGCUGUGAGCUCCUGUCCGACGGGAGCGUCCGUGGAUCCUAUCGGGAAGGCUACGACGGGCGGGAUUUCCUCUCCUUCGAGUUGGGAUCCGGGAGCUUCAUGGCGGCCGACGGCACUGCCCAGAUCAUCAAGAGGCACUGGGACUCUGAUGGGAUCACAGUGGAGAGGUUGACAAAUUUCCUGGAGCACACCUGCCUGGAAGUGCUCCAGAAACAUGUCCAGUAUGGGCAGGAGAUGCUGGAGAAAAAAGAGCCUCCUGACGUCCAUGUGUCUGGGAAAGAGGAACACGGAAUCCUGACGUUGUCCUGCCGCGCAUACGGAUUCUACCCUGGGGUCAUCGAGAUCAACUGGCUGAAGGGGGAUGAAAUCUGGGAUCAAGAGACGUGGCGGGGCGGGAUCGUUCCCAACAUCGACGGCACCUUCCACAGCUGGGCCAGGAUCGAGGCGCUGCCGGGGGAGCGGGAGCAGUACCGGUGCCGGGUUGAGCACGCCGGAAUGCCGGAGCCUGGGAUCUUUGCCUGGGAGCCGGAAUCCGGCUGGAAUCUCAUCCCAUUGGUGGUCAUGGUGUCCGUCAUCACUGCCAUCAUCAUCAUCAGCCUCAUCCUCAUGAGAUUUGGCAUCUGGAAGCUCCGAUCCGGGAAGAGGGAGAGGAAGAGAUACGUUGUGGCCAGUGGAACAGACGUGGGAACUGACUGCUCCCCGGCAGGAAUCACCACCGCCUGAGCAAUCCAUGGUUACGGUUCCAGAGGUGCCAAAAAUAAGAGCUGUUCCUGUUGUCACUCUGGUUCUCCAGGGGUGUUUCUCUUUCA